AUGCUUGACGCAAUUAUGGCUUGGCACAACAACCAAAACCACAAAAACCUCUCAGAACCCUUCGCUAUUCGGUCUGGCGUUCCACAAGAUUGUGUACUGUCGCCCAGCCUCUUUAACUACAUCAUUGACUGGAUUCUCGGGAAGGCCCUACAGGAAAAUGACGGUAUUGAGGUUGCACCCGGAGGCCGGUUGACUGACCUCAACUAUGCCGACGAUAUUGCUUUACUAGCUUCAAACUUUGACGAUUUACAGUCUAUGGUGUCACGGGUGAACAAGGUCGCGAAAUCGGUCGGUUUGUCCAUAGGCGCAGGGGAGACCAAAGUGCUAUCAUGCUGCAUCCCUGGCUAA